AUGUCCGAUAAUCUCAAGGCCGCGCCGGCCGCCACGGUCGCCGGCGCUGCCUCGCCGUCCAACUCCCGCGCGCCCUCGACCCUCGCCCCCAGCCGCGCCUCCGUCGACAAGGAGCUCCGCGACGAGAAGCUGCCCCCCACCAGUGGCUCGGGCAGCGCCGACGAGGACGAGGCUGAGGUUGACACCGAGGACCGGGAGUCGGAGAAUGUCAAUGUCGCGGCCAUCCGCGCUGCCGCAGACGCAGACGACGUCGGCAAUGCCAACGCCAACGCCCUCAGCAAGGUCGAGACGUCCAAGUCCCACACCGAAGGCGGCCUCGCCGUCGCCAAGACGGUCACCCGCGAAGACGGCUCCGAGUACCCGACCGGCGCGCGUCUCAGCCUGAUCAUGCUCGCCCUGUGCCUGGCCGUCUUCCUCAUGGCCCUCGACAACUCCAUCAUCGCCACGGCCAUUCCCAAGAUCACGGACCAGUUCCACUCGCUCAACGACGUCGGCUGGUACGGCUCGGCCUACCUCCUGACCACGGCCGCCCUCCAGCUCCUCUUUGGCAAGUUCUACACCUACUUCAGCAUCAAGUGGAUCUUCCUCGGCGCCAUCUUCGUCUUCGAGGUCGGCUCCCUCAUCUGCGGCGUCGCCCAGAACUCCGUCACCCUCAUCAUCGGCCGUGCCGUCGCCGGCCUCGGCUCCUCCGGCAUCUUCUCCGGCGCCCUCAUCAUCCUCGCCUACUCCGUCACCCUCGACAAGCGCCCCAUGUACUCGGGCAUGAUCGGCUCCAUGUACGGCAUCGCCUCCGUGGCCGGCCCCCUGCUGGGCGGCGUCUUCACCGACAAGGUCACCUGGCGCUGGUGCUUCCUGAUCAACCUGCCCAUCGGCGCCAUCACCCUCGUCGUCAUUGGCGUCUUCUUCACCGACCCCGACCGCAAGAACGGCCAGCCCACCGCCGCCCGCGUCUCGACGGCCGACGCCGCCGCUGCCGCCGACGCCCGCGCCAACCGCACCCUGUGGGAGAAGAUCCGGCCCUUUGACCCCAUCGGCUCCGCCAUCUUCAUGCCCGCCAUCAUCUGCCUGCUGCUGGCCCUGCAGUGGGGCGGCACCACCUACGCCUGGAAGAGCGGCCGCAUCAUUGCGCUGUUUGUCGUCUUUGGCGUGCUGAUCCUGGCCUUUUUGGUCGUGCAGUACCGCCAGCAGGACGACGCCACCGUCCCGCCGCGCAUCAUCAAGAAGCGCUCCGUCUGGGCCGCCGGCUGGUACUCCUUCGCCACCGGCGCUGCCUUCCUGGCGUCCAUCUACUACCUGCCCAUCUGGUUCCAGGCCGUCCGCGGCGCCUCGGCCGUCAGCUCGGGUCUCAUGAACCUGCCCAUGCUCAUCUCGCUCGUGCUCAUGUCCAUUGUCGCCGGCGGCGUCGUCACCGUCGUCGGCUACUACACGCCCUUUAUGCUGGCCGGCACCGUCCUCAUGCCCAUCGGCUACGGCCUCAUCACCACCUUUGCCCCCGGCAUCUCCACCGGCAAGUGGAUCGGCUACCAGAUCAUUGCCGGCGCCGGCGUCGGUCUCGGCAUGCAGCAGCCCCUCAUGGCCGUCCAGACCGUCCUCGACCUCAAGGACGUCCCCACCGGCACCUCUGUCAUUGUCUUUCUGCAGACGCUCGGCGGCGCCCUCUUUGUCUCCAUCUGCCAAAACAUCUUCACCAACAAGCUCCAGGCCAACGUCCUCCGGCUCGUGCCCGGCCUCGACCCGGCCACCGUCCUGGCCGCCGGCGCCACCGGCAUCCAAAAGGUCAUUGACCCGGCACAGCUGCCCGGCGUCAAACUGGCCUACAGCGAGGCCCUGACCCAGACCUUUGUCGUCAGCACGGCGCUGGCGGCCAUGACGGUGAUCGGUUCCGCCGUCAUUGAGUGGAAGUCGGUCAAGGGCAAGGCCAUCGAGGUCGGCAUGGCAUAA